UUGCAAGGAGCCUCGCAGUCAGCCAGCGAGCGCGGAGAGCGCUCUGGGAUGAGACUUGAAGGCGGCGGCUCAGGACACGGCGUUGGCGCGGGCUUCUUGGUCGCGUCCCGGGAGUGGUGCCCAAGGAGCUCUGCAGUCCUCUGCGGGGCGAGGCGGCGGACGACGGAGACGGACCCUCACGGCUGCGCCCCUGUCUCGCUUCUCUAGGGCCGGCGGCGGUGGCUGCAGCUGCAGCCCUCCUCCUCUUGAAGAUGGAGAAGAUGUUGUUGGGGUGCUUGCUGAUGCUUGGGCAACUCCUCCUUGUCCUCCCAGUUGGAGCCAGAGAGCGUCCCCAAGCCAAGUUCCCCUCCAGAGGCCGUCAUGUCCAGAUGCAUCCACAGACUGCACUGCUGGAGAGUUCCUGUGAGAAUAAGCGGGCAGAUCUGGUGUUCAUCAUUGACAGCUCCAGAAGUGUCAACACCCAUGACUAUGCAAAGGUCAAGGAGUUCAUUCUGGAUAUUCUGCAGUUCUUGGACAUUGGUCCUGAUGUUACCCGAGUAGGUCUGCUCCAAUAUGGCAGCACGGUCAAGAACGAGUUCUCCCUGAAGACCUUUAAAAGGAAGUCUGAGGUGGAGAGGGCUGUCAAGAGAAUGAGGCAUCUAUCCACUGGCACCAUGACAGGGCUGGCCAUCCAAUAUGCCCUCAACAUUGCCUUCUCAGAAGCAGAGGGGGCCCGGCCCUUGCGGGAGAAUGUGCCACGAGUCAUAAUGAUUGUGACUGAUGGGAGGCCUCAGGACUCGGUGGCUGAGGUGGCCGCCAAGGCCCGGAACACAGGCAUCCUGAUCUUUGCCAUCGGUGUGGGUCAGGUGGACCUGAAUACACUAAAGGCCAUUGGGAGUGAGCCCCACAAGGACCAUGUCUUCCUGGUGGCCAAUUUCAGCCAGAUUGAGUCCUUGACCUCAGUGUUCCAGAACAAAUUGUGCACUGUCCACAUGUGCAGCGUCUCAGAACACAACUGUGCCCACUUCUGCAUCAACACGCCUGGCUCAUACAUCUGCAAGUGCAAGCAAGGGUACAUUCUCAACACGGAUCAGAAGACUUGCAGAAUCCAGGAUCUGUGUGCCACAGAGGACCAUGGCUGUGAGCAGCUGUGCGUGAACAUGCUGGGUUCCUUCGUCUGCCAGUGCUACAGUGGCUAUACCCUUGCCGAGGACGGGAAGCGAUGUACAGCUGUUGACUACUGUGCCUCAGAAAAUCAUGGAUGUGAACACGAGUGUGUAAAUGCUGAAAGUUCCUACCUGUGCCGGUGCCACGAGGGAUUUGCUCUUAACACAGAUAAGAAAACAUGCUCAAAGAUUGACUACUGUGCCUCCUCGGAUCACGGAUGUCAGCAUGAGUGCGUCAAUGCCCAGACGUCCGCUUUCUGCCGAUGCCUGAAAGGCUUCAUGCUAAACCCAGACAGGAAAACCUGCCGAAGGAUCAACUACUGUGCACUGAACAAACCAGGCUGUGAGCAUGAGUGUGUGAACACAGAGGAGGGUCACUACUGCCGCUGCCGUCAGGGCUACACUCUGGACCCCAAUGGCAAGACCUGCAGCCGGGUGGACCACUGUGCACAGCAGGACCAUGGCUGUGAGCAGCUGUGUCUGAACACCGAGGAGUCUUUUGUCUGCCAGUGCUCGGAAGGCUUCCUUAUUAAUGAUGACCUCAAGACCUGCUCCAGGGCAGAUUACUGCUUGCUGAGCAACCAUGGUUGUGAAUACUCCUGUGUCAACACAGACAGAUCCUUUGCCUGCCAAUGUCCUGAGGGUCAUGUGCUCCGCAGUGAUGGGAGGACCUGUGCAAAACUGGACUCCUGUGCUUUGGGGGACCAUGGUUGUGAACAGUCAUGUGUCAGCAGUGCAGAUUCAUUCGUGUGUCAGUGCUUUGAGGGAUACAUCCUUCGUGACGAUGGGAAGACCUGCAGAAGGAAAGACGUGUGCCAGGCUGUAGACCAUGGCUGUGAGCACCUUUGUGUGAACAGUGGCGAAUCAUACAUCUGCAAGUGCCUGGAGGGAUUCAGGCUGGCUGAGGAUGGGAAGCGCUGCAGGAGGAAGGAUGUCUGCAAGUCAACCCAGCAUGGCUGUGAGCAUAUCUGUGUGAACAGUGGGAAUUCCUAUCUGUGCAGGUGCUCAGAGGGCUUUGUCCUAGCUGAGGAUGGAAGGCAUUGCAAGCGAUGCACUGAAGGCCCAAUUGACCUAGUCUUUGUGAUUGAUGGAUCCAAGAGCCUUGGAGAAGAGAAUUUUGAGAUUGUGAAGCAUUUUGUCACUGGGAUCAUAGAUUCCUUGGCAGUUUCCCCCAAAGCUGCUCGUGUGGGGCUGCUGCAGUAUUCCACACAGGUCCGCACAGAGUUUACCCUGAGGGGCUUCAACUCAGCCAAGGACAUGAAGAAAGCUGUGGCCCACAUGAAAUACAUGGGCAAAGGCUCUAUGACUGGGCUGGCCCUCAAACACAUGUUUGAGAGAAGUUUUACCCAAGUAGAAGGGGCCAGGCCCCUUUCCACACGGGUGCCCAGAGUAGCCAUCGUGUUCACCGACGGACGAGCUCAGGAUGAUGUCUCCGAGUGGGCCAGUAAAGCCAAGGCCAAUGGUAUCACUAUGUAUGCUGUUGGGGUAGGAAAAGCCAUCGAGGAAGAACUACAGGAGAUUGCCUCUGAGCCCACUGACAAGCAUCUCUUCUAUGCAGAAGACUUCAGCACAAUGGGUGAAAUAAGUGAAAAGCUGAAGCAAGGCAUCUGUGAAGCUCUAGAAGACUCUGAUGGAAGACAGGACUCACCAGCCAGGGAUCUGCCAAGGCAGGUCCACCAGUCAACAGUGCAUCAUAGGUACCUGUUUGAAGAAGACAAUCUUCCACGGUCUACACAAAAACUUUUCCACUCAAUGAAAUCUUCAGGAAACCCUUUGGAAGAAAACCAGGACCAAUGCAAAUGUGAAAACCUUAUACUGUUCCAGAAUCUUGCAAAUGAAGAAGUAAGAAAAUUAACCCAACGCUUAGAAGAAAUGACUCAAAGAAUGGAAGCCUUGGAAAAUCGCCUAAGAUACAGAUGAAGACUAGAAGUGCUUUUAUGUAUAUUUGUACACAAUCAUAAAACGGAUUUUGACAAAGGUAGUGGAGCCUGAAAGCUCACACCAUAAGUAGAUCUAUCAGCUGUAAAGCAAAAUACAACCAGUACAGAAGACACUGGAUUGCUUGACUGCUGGACAAGAGAAAAUGGAGACAUUCAGUUGUCUAAAUUCAAGAUGGGUGGGGGGAGGAAUCCUGAAUUCUGAGUUUCCCAUGAGAAUAAAUAAGCCAUGCAGUGUCCCAUGAUGUACUGUGGACAUGACUUCUGCCUCAACACUGAAACUGUUCAUUUGACAACUGAAAUAUCUAAUCCAGCAGAAAACUGACUCCACAAAUUGCUAUUUUUUUUGUACUGGAAUUUACCUUGAUGUGUAUAUGGGCAUGUGCAUAAGCCUUAAGGACCUAUAUUCUGUACUAAGUUGAAUUUCUACACAAUAUUAAAAUUCACCACUCCAGAAA